AUGAACCACUCGCCGCUCAAGACGGCGCUGGCCCACGAGUGCUUCCCUGGCCAGGAACAGCUCCACGCUGGCGCUGCCUCGGACCAGAAGCUCAGGACCGGCACGUCGGGCCGGCAGCGCGUGCAGGAGCAGGUGCUGAUGACGGUGCGGAGGCAGAAGUCCAAGUCCUCGCAGUCGUCCACGCUGACCCCCUCCCACCGAGGUUCCAUGUACGACGGCCUGGCGGACAAUUACAGCUACGGGACCGCCAACCGGAGCUACUACACCAAGCUGCAGGCGGGCAGCGGCUCCUGGGCCUACCCGAUGUACAACGGGACCCUCAAGCGGGAGGCCGACAACCGGCGCUUCAGCUCCUACAGCCAGAUGGAGAGCUGGGGCCGCCACCACCCGCGGGGCACCUGCCACACGGGCGCGGGCAGCGACAUGUGCUUCCUGCAGAAGCUCAAGGCCAGCCGCAGCGAGCCCGACCUCUACUGCGACCCGCGGGGCACGCUGCGCCGGGGCCCGCCGGGCGCCAAGGGCCACAAGGGCACGCAGAGCCGCUACAGCUUCUACAGCGCCUGCAGCGCCCAGAAGCCCGCCCGCAAGUGCCCGCCGCGCCCGCCCUCCUGCGCCUCCAAGCAGGACCCCGUGUGCGUGCCCACGCUCGCCUGCAACAAGGACCUGUCCUUCGGCCACUCCCGCGCCAGCUCCAAGAUCUGCAGCGAGGACAUCGAGUGCAGCGGGCUGACCAUCCCCAAGGCCGUGCAGUACCUGUGCUCCCAGGAUGAGAAGUACCAGGCCAUCGGGGCCUACUACAUCCAGCACACCUGCUUCCAGGACGAGUCCGCCAAGCAGCAGGUCUACCAGCUCAGCGGCAUCAGCAAGCUCGUGGACCUGCUGCGCAGCCCCAACCAGAACGUGCAGCAGGCGGCGGCCGGAGCGCUGCGCAACCUGGUCUUCCGGAGCAACGCCAACAAGCUGGAGACGCGGCGGCAGGGCGGCAUCCGCGAGGCGGUCAGCCUGCUGCGGGCCACGCGCAGCGCCGAGAUCCAGAAGCAGCUCACCGGGCUGCUCUGGAACCUGUCCUCCACCGACGACCUGAAGGAGGAGCUCAUCGCGGACGCGCUGCCCGUGCUGGCCGACCGCGUCAUCAUCCCCUUCUCCGGCUGGGGCGACGGCAACGGCAACCUGUGCCGCGAGGCGGUGGACCCGGAGGUGUUCUUCAACGCCACCGGCUGCCUGAGGAACCUCAGCUCGGCGGACGCCGGCCGGCAGACCAUGCGCAACUACGGGGGGCUCAUCGACGCCCUCAUGGCCUACGUGCAGAACUGCGUGGCCGCCAGCCGCUGCGAUGACAAGUCCGUGGAGAACUGCAUGUGCGUCCUGCACAACCUCUCGUACCGCCUGGACGCCGAGGUGCCCACCCGCUACCGCCAGCUGGAGCACAACGCCCGAAACGCCUACACCGACAAGGCCUCCACCGGCUGCUUCAGCAACAAGAGCGACAAGAUGAUGAACAACAACUACGACUGCCCGCUGCCCGAGGAGGAGGCCACCCCCAAGGGCAGCGGCUGGCUGUACCACUCGGACGCCAUCCGCACCUACCUGAGCCUCAUGGGCAAGAGCAAGAAGGACGCCACCCUGGAGGCCUGCGCGGGGGCCCUGCAGAACCUGACGGCCAGCAAGGGGCUGAUGUCCAGCGGCAUGAGCCAGCUCAUCGGGCUCAAGGAGAAGGGGCUGCCGCACAUCGCCCGCCUGCUGCAGUCCGGCAACUCGGACGUGGUGCGCUCCGGCGCCUCGCUGCUCAGCAACAUGUCCCGCCACCCGGCGCUGCACCGCGUGAUGGCGAACCAAGUGUUCCCCGAGGUGACGCGGCUGCUGACCAGCCACACGGGCACCACCAGCAACUCGGAGGACAUCCUGGCCUCGGCCUGCUACACCGUGCGGAACCUGAUGGCCUCCCAGCCCCACAUGGCCAAGCAGUUCUUCUCCAGCGGCAUGACCAACAACCUGGUCAACCUGUGCCGCGGCAGCGCCUCCCCCAAGGCCGCCGAGGCCGCCCGGCUGCUGCUGACGGACAUGUGGUCCAGCAAGGAGCUGCAGGGCGUCCUCCGGCAGCAAGGCUUCGACCGGAACAUGCUGGGCGCCUUAGGCGGCCCCAACAGCCUCCGCAACUUCACCUCCCGGUUCUGA